AUGCCGAGAUGCAUGAAGAGCAGAGACUCCUCCACGCCGUUGGGUGGAGCGUUACUGGGUUCAAUUGUGAUUGGUACACGAGAUCACUCGGUCCGAAUGUUGGGAUAUGAGGUGGAUCUACUGAACUUUUUAGAGGCUGGACACAGCGAAGAAUCAUAUUCACUGCCAGUGGACAGUGAAGGCCUAGUACAAAUUCACUCGAUUCCCAAACUUCACUACUGGCCAAGCAUUUCACCCACACUUCGAAAAUGUUUGUCCAUGGAAGGUCGAGCUAAGAACUACGACAACGCCGUUAUUUCACCAUGCACCGCGCCUGAUGCAAUGAACCAACUUAAAAUCGUCAACGAGAAUGGUGAGGAAUUAUACGGUAUUGGUGAAGAAGUGCGAGAAAUAUAUCCCAAAAAUCGGUAUACUUUAGUCUUCGGUGAACUACCUUUUGACACCUUGAAGCAAUUAUUAAAAAUACCCGAUUCAGAAGGAUCACAAGGACCUGUCGGUGAGACAGAUGUGUAA